GAAAAAAACUUGUGCACACACAAAGAAAAUAGCCUCUAGAGGGCGUCACUAUGCGUUCAUUAAUAUACGAUGAAGGCCCCUGGUAGAGCAGCAACGGCGCCCUCUAGAGUUCAGCUGGAAAAUCACCUACCGCCAGCACUACUGUAGCAGCAGCAGUAAGUCCUGGGACAGUAGUCCAACUAGCUUAGACGGAGUUGUGAUGGUUUUAAAUCUUUGGCCAUGUCUGAAAUGCUGUUGAAAGACAUGGAUGAGAUUUCUCUCGGGCCUGUUAAAAUGGACGAGCAGAAGGAAAAUGGACGGAGUUUUCUCCUGGUGGACGAAAACGAAAGCUUGCAGGUGAAAAAUGAAGCUCAUUUUCUGCAGAAGCUGGGCUGCAGUGGCGCUCAGGGAGUGAAAGUGGUUUCCAUCUUUGGCAACACAGGCGAUGGCAAGUCCCACACUCUCAACCACGUCCUUUUUGACCGCGAGGAGGUUUUUGCCACGUCUCCCUCUCCAUCCUCCUGCACUGUGGGUGUCUGGGCUGCUUAUGACCCACAGCUGAACCUGAUUGUGCUGGACACUGAAGGCCUGCUCGGGGCCGCCACUCAGCAGAAUCGCCGAAUGCGUCUGCUGCUCAAGGUCCUGGCCGUAUCAGACGUGGUCAUUUACCGCACACGGGCCGAGAGGCUGCACAAUGACAUGUUCCAGUUCCUCGGCAGUGCAUCCGCCGCUUACCUAAAGCACUUCACACCUGAGCUCCGGGCGCUGUCGAGCCGAUGUGGGCUAGACGUGCCUCUCUCCAGCCUUGGACCCGCCAUCAUUGUUUUCCAGGAGACGUCCCGCACUCAGCUGCUGGGCCAGGACGUCUCAGGCCUCGGGCAGGCAGACACACUGCUGCAGAAGCGCUUUCAUGACCUGGGCCAGAGCACAGACGCCUUUAGUUUGGUUCAGUAUGUGGGCACACAGACCAUCACUCCCCCCACAGACUACUCACAGCUACAGCACACGGUCCAGCAGCAAGUCAGCAACACAUCCCAGAGAGCCCCGCGCCAGCCUGCCAUUGUGUUUAGUGCACUGCAGGCCCUGAGCGACAGGUUCUGCGGAGAGAUCUCAGAUGACAAAUUCAGCAUAUGCUCCUUCUUUCCUGAUGAAUAUUUCACUUGCCCAUCAGUCUGUCUCAGCUGCAAGUAAGUCCACAAAGGCUUCAUGUUCCACGUCAUAAAUGGACUUUCCAUUUUUUAAGGCGAGACACUGCAGGCAAAAGCAAACAGAUUUUUGGGUUUGUAUAAAGUGUUUUGUUCAGUCUAG